AUGGGCAUCUGUCGUUGGCAUGGUAAUCCUCACUUAUUCAUAACAUUCACCGCCAACCCAAACUGGGUUGAACUCAGACAACACCUUGAUGUUUACGGUGGUGACACAGCUAACAACAGACCGGACCUUGAAUGCCGAAUUUUUAAGCUCAACCUCGAUGAAAUGAUGUCUGAUUUCAAAAAGGGCGUGUUCUUUCCUAAGCCAGCUGCAGUUGUAUAUACCAUUGAGUUUCAGAAACGUGGUCUCCCACAUGCCCACAUACUGUUAUGGUUCGAAGGAUUUAAAGGAGAACCAAGUGCUGCUGUAAUAGACCAAUACAUCUCAGCGGAGCUACCAGACAAAGAGACAGACAGGGAAGGGUUUGACUUGGUAGAGCGGCACAUGAUGCACGGACCUUGCGGUCGGGACAGACCAAAAUCCCCCUGCAUGGAAAAGGGAGAAUGCACCAAGAACUACCCAAAGUCUUACUCAGAUAAUACGAGGAUUGACAAAUCAGGCUUUGUGGUUUAUAAAAGGCGAGCUGAUGAACGAAGCUCUGUUCUGAAAGGUGAUACCACUAUUGGUAAUCAGUAUGUUGUGGCUCAUAACCUCAGCCUUCUCAAGAAAUACCAAGCGCACAUAAACAUUGAAUGGUGCUGCAAGACAAAUGCAAUAAAGUAUCUGUUUAAGUACAUCACGAAAGGGGUUGACAGAUCCACUGUUCUGCUUAAAAAGGCUGGAGAAGAAUCGGUUGAAGAUGGUGAAAAGAAAAAGCAAAAGAUCGAGGUUGAUGAGAUCGAGAGGUGUCAAGAUUAUAGGUAUAUCUCCGCCUGUGAAGCAUCAUGGAGACUUUUUUCAUUCCACAUUCAUCACAACCAACCUUCAGUCAUGAAGCUUACAGUCCACCUUCCUGGGAAGCACAAGCUCGUGUAUGACGAAGACAAAAACUUAAGGGACGUACUGUCAAAAGAUGACGUUGAAAAAACAAUGCUAACUGCGUUCUUUGUGGCAUGCCAGACUUAUGAGGAGGCAAGAGAACUCACGUACAUUCAGUUCCCAACAAGGUUUACAUACCACUCCGACAGUAAAACCUGGACACCAAGAAAAACGGGGGCUUCCAUAGGAAGAGUCACCUAUGUGCAUCCAGCAUCUGGAGCUCUUUACUAUCUGAGAAUGCUCAUUCACGUUGUCAAAGGACCUACUGGUUUUGAAUAUCUCUGCACAGUUGGCAAUACAGUAUAUGAAGAGUUCAGGGAUGCUUGCUAUGCUCGUGGUCUACUUGAUGAUGACAAAGAAUGGCAUGAAGCUAUCGAAGAACCAUCACACUGGGCAACAGGAUGGCAGCUACGGAGGUUGUCUAUCAUCAUACUGAUCUACUGUGAAGUCGCUAAUCCUUUGAAGCUCUGGGAACAUGCAUGGAAGUAUUUGUCUGAAGACAUUCUCUAUAUGAAACAGAAAGAAUUCAGGUUUCCGGAAUUGAUUCUUCAGGAUGAGCAACUUCAGCAAUAUACUUUGAUGGAGAUUGAAAGACUCUUGAAAGAGAAUGAUAAAUCACUCACUGAUUUCUUUGGGAUGCCUCGGCCAGACGAAACUAUUCUCAAGGAGAUUUCUAACACAGUUCUUCGUCAAGAACUCAAUUAUGAUACCGAGAAAAAGAGGAUUGAGCAUGAAAAACUAUUCACCACCAUCAACGAAGACCAGAAGAAGGUAUACAACGCUGUCAUCGAUUCAGUUGAUAAACAAGCAGGAAAGUUAUUCUUCUUAUAUGGGGCUGGAGGCACUGGGAAAACGUAUGUCUACAGAACCAUUAUCGCAAGGCUGAGGUCAGUUGGUAAAGUGGUUAUUCCUGUUGCGUCUGCUGCGAUUGCAGCUCUCCUACUCCCAGGUGGAAGGACUGCUCACUCACGUUUAAAGUUACCCCUAAACUUGACUGAUCAGACAAUGUGUAAUAUCCCGAAAAACUCAAUGCUAGCAGCGCUGAUUGUGAAGACAGACUUGAUCAUAUGGGACGAGGCACCCAUGGCACAUCGUCAGGCUUUUGAAACAUUGGACCGUACACUCAGAGAUCUUCAAUCUACUGCAAACCCAGAAGCUGCUUCAAAACCUUUUGGUGGUAAAACUGUGCUUCUCGGUGGUGAUUUCAGACAAAUAUUACCAGUAAUUCCUCAAGGAACUCGCCAAGACACUGUUGCAGCAUCAAUCAGCAAGUCCUAUCUAUGGGCGUCUGCAGAGGUCUAUACUUUGUCGAUCAACAUAAGACUUAGUCAAGCAGAUAAAGAAUUUGCAGAAUGGAUACUAAGUGUUGGCAAUGGCACAGCUGCUACUGCUAGAUGUAGAGAAGGUACUAAUGACGAGGGUGACCAAUUUUUAAUAGGGAAAGUGUAA